UUAUGUUUUUAAGAUGUUUGGUUGUAUAUCCGAGCGAGCCGUCGUAACGUUGUCAUCCUAUAUAUAAACUAACUGUCGCUGCUUUUUUUAGGCGGCGUCACGUUAUUCGAUGGCUCGUGUCGUCACUUGGGUUUAAUUUCUGUAAUUAGACGUUUUAUCUGGGGGUAAUUUGUGAACGUGUCUGCUUAUUUUAUUUUAAUAAAUUGUGUUUGAACAUUUUGCAGAAAGUGAACAGGAAGUUGGUUAGCGCGUGCCCAGCAGUCGCUCGAGUCAUGCGCGCGCUCACAGCGGUAGCUUUUUUUUUUUUCCCAAAUUUGAUUUUUCUUUUUUUUUACGUUUUAUCUGAAUAAACGUAACAAUGUCACAGAGAAACACAAGUAUAGACCAAAUAUACAAAGUAAAAUGAAAUGUAUCAGGCCACAGACCCAAAUAAUGAGGAAGACAGAUGGGACUGCAUCCAGGGGUUCUACCAGCUCGUCAACCAAGAGGUUGAUGGGCCACAGAUCGCCAUUCGUCUUCUUGCUCAUAAAAUCCAGUCGCCACAGGAGAAAGAGGCUCUGCAGGCUCUGACUGUUCUUGAGGCUUGUAUGAACAACUGUGGCAAGGAAUUCCACAAAGAGGCUGCCAAGUUUCGCUUUCUCAACGAGCUCAUCAAAGUCUUAACACCCAAGUACUUUGGUUCCUGGACUCCUCAGAAAGUUAAAGACAGAGUGACUGAGGUUCUCUAUGGCUGGACGCUCUGGCUUACAGAAGAACCCAAGAUUCAGGAAGCCUACUCCAUGCUCAAGAAACAAGGUAUUGUGACUAAAGAUCCCAAACUGCCAGACACACUUAUAAUGGCACCUCCACCACAAAGAACCACAGAUUCUAUUUUCGACCAGGAGGACAAGGCUAAGCUGUUAGCCAGGUUAUUGAAAAGUGGCCGUCCUGAGGAUCUGGAAACUGCCAACAGACUCAUUAAAAGCACCAUGAAAGAGGAGCAGGAGAAGGUAGAGAAGGUGCUGAAACGUGAAUCUACUCUGGAGGAAGUGGAGAGCAGCACCAAGCAGCUCAGAGAACUGCUGGACCAGCAGACAGUGACUGGGUCCUCAUUACAGCCCAGUGAUGAUCUGAAGGCCUUGUACGAACGCUGUGACCGGCUGAGGCCCAGUCUGUUUCGCCUGGCCAGUGAUACGAUGGACGACGACAGCGCUCUGGCACAGAUCUUGGCGGCUAAUGACAAGCUAACACUUGUAGUAAAUGCCUACAGAGACCGGAUUGGGAAGACGGAGUGUAAUGGUGGAAGAGAAAGAAGCAGAAGUGAGGAAGAAGUGGUGGAUAAAAAUAAAGCUCCUACAAGUCCCAGGGCAAUUAAAAGCUACCACCUUAUCGACCUGUCAGUAUUGGACACUCCACAGACUCUCAGAAAAAAUGAUUUGCCACCCUCCUGUAAAUCUUCUUCGCCUCUCUUUUCCUCUGGUUUGGAAAACACUGUCCAUUCAGUAGCUGACUCAGGCUUUAAUGAUUCAGAGUUUGAUAAUCUGGUCUCAAAACGGGUUCAAGAAACACAAAGCUCGUACUACGAGGAACUAAUGCAGCUUAAUGGAGAUGUUCCAGUGACUGCUGAGCAGAAUGGAGGAAGAGGCCUUUUUCUGAGAGCUCGUGGAUGUGGGGGGAGCGCUACCACAAUAAACGGGACGAAUAUUUGGGGUCUCCCCCAAAAUCAACAGUUCACAGGAUUACAAUCACCGCACAUGGCACAGAAACAACCAAGUGAAGUGUUUGGGGAAAGCUUGUGUCCACCUCACUCACUGAAAGACAUCCGUGUACCAAUGGAGACCGUCAGACCCAGUCAGCUGGAACCAGUUACUCUAUACGACCAGGGCGGCAUCCAUGUGUCACUUCAUUUUGCCAAAGACUCUCCACCAGGUCAUCCAGAUGUUGCAGUGGUCGUCAUUUCCACCGUGAACACAUCUGCCUUUGAUGUGAAAAACUUCCUGUUUCAAGCUGCUGUUCCCAAGAUGAUGUUAGUGAAACUUCAGCCUGCCUCAGGGACACACCUACCUCCUUAUAACCCUCUCCUGCCUCCACCUGCCAUCUCGCAAGUCCUCCUGUUGGCUAAUCCUCAUAAUCAUAAGCUGCGUCUACGCUACAAGCUGACACUGACACAUGGAGACCAACAGCUGAGUGAGAUCGGAGAGAUCGACAGUUUUCCAGACUGGGCCUUGCUGACUGGCCCCUAAAAACAUCAGCGGAUUAUAAACCAACUCUGCACAGGACCUGAAACCUCCGUUUAAAAGCAGAGAAAUAUAAUUGAGCCCUGUGUGAGAGAAAAGAUCAACAAAAAGGUGGGCAACAUGACUACAAUGACUACACCUGAUCAUCAUCAGGUAAACCACCAUCACAACAACGAGCAAAUAUCAAGUCUCUAGUUCUGGAAUAAGGACAUUUUACCUUUUAAGACUUUUUACAUUUUAUAAUGUUGUGGCAAGUAUGAUGUGUGCCAAGAAGAUGCAUUACUAAAAAGGUGGGUAAACUGUUGAUUCAGAUAUUCACCAUUCUACUGUUGUCUUAGUGCGUGCACUCAAACAGCAGGCAGCUGUUCGAGUGCACGCAUAGGUUUAGUGUGACAUCAUACAUGCAUUCUGAUAAGUAGCUUGUUACAUGGCUAAAUAUAGAAGUAAGCAAAAAGAAAUGCAAAUACAAAAACACUGCAACACCAAUAGAAUGCAAGUUUCUUAGGGACAGUAAAAGCUGACGAUCGUUAAUGAGCAAAGAUAGUUGUGUUGUGAUUAUGCAUUUCUAAUUAGGAGCAUGUUCAUCUGUUUUUAGUGUCCCCCAGACUGUGUUUUUCUAUAAUUGCAAUGUAUUAAUGUGAUAUAAUCAGGCUGGAGAACAUGUUGCUUAAUAUAUUUGGGUUUUGUAUAUUUGCAGCUCUUUUCCUAAAUGGAGUUUUUGUUUUGUCAGAGUUGUUUUUGUAGCUGUACUGAACUCUUUCAGCUGCCGUAGAUUUGACUGUCACUACACCUGUUAAUUUCAGUUGACCUGAUCAGUUUCCCAAUCACUAGUCAUAUACUGUGAAGCCUUAUGAUACUUUUAUGAGCCCAGAAAUGAGUAAUUCAUUGCAACUUGAUGUGCUUGCUUUUUGUCCACAAAUCAGCCUCGAGUUCAGUCUGUUUUAAGGCUUAUUUGAAUGUUUUGUUGAACUCCUGAUGUUCGGUCCGACAGUCUGAUUCAUGUCAUCAAUAAAUGCAAUCUGUUCACAGCCCAAAAUCUGUCGUAGCAAACCAUCCCAAUCCAAAAACUAAAUGGCUUUAUAGAAAUAUCCUGAACUGUUGCUAUUAACGGAACUUCCUUAAUUACAAAUGUUAUUUUUACACCAUCAGUUAAUCUGCCAGUUUUCUCAAAUAAAUU